GAGAAAGGAUAGAAGGAGAAAAAAGAAAAUAAAAAGAUUGGGGUAGAAGUUUUUUUAAAAAAACUGCCUCCCCCCAUUUGGCAAACUUUAAAGAAAACUUUGAAGAGCCUAAAAAACCCUUGGAAAAAAAGUGGGGGGGGGACACUUCCCCCCAAGAUAUAUAGAUAUAUAUAUAUUUAUUUUAAAAAUAGAGUUACGGUCCCCAGCUCCGUUUUUUGCGCAAGGAUGAAACUUUUCCUCUUCUGCUGCUUCCUCGUCCUGCGAGCGGAUUCCCGCAGCUACCCAGCCAUCAUAGCUCCCCAAGACGCCACCCUCCACAUUGGUGCUUCGUUCACGGCCAACUGUUCCGUCACGCCCAAUUCAGGCCUGAAGGCCGAGGACCUUUAUUGGACCCUGAAUGGCCGAAAGCUCCCAGCCGAGACCUACAAGGUCCUGGGGGCCACCGCCCUCAGCGUCACCCUCACCCAGCUGAACGGAUCGCGCCAGCAGUCAGGGGAUAACCUGGUGUGCCACAGCAAGGAAGGCGGAAGCAUCUUGGCUGGGUCGUGUCUCUAUGUAGGACUGCCUCCUGAAAAGCCAACCAACAUUUCUUGCUGGUCCAAGAAUUUGAAAGACCUCACCUGCAGAUGGGUACCUGGGUCAGAAGGCGAGACACACCUGCAUACCAAUUAUUCCCUGAAAUAUAAGCUGAGAUGGUAUGGCCGGGACAAUAUCUGCCAAGAGUACCACACCGCUGGCCCAUAUUCCUGCCACAUUCCCAAGGAUUUAGCUCUGUUCACGCCUUACGAAAUUUGGGUAGAAGCAUCCAACCGACUGGGAAUGGCUAUAUCUGAUGUGGUGAUGCUGGACAUUGUCGACGUUGUCACAACCGAUCCACCCUCGGAUGUCCACGUGAGCCGAGUGGGAGACCUGGAGGACCAGCUCAGCGUGAGGUGGAGUGCACCUCCCGCCUUGAAGGAUUUUCUCUUCCAAGCCAAAUACCAGAUCCAGUACCGGGUUGAGGACAGUUCAGAAUGGAAGGUGGUCGAUAACGUUAGCAACCAGACAUCGUGCCGGCUGGCAGGCCUAAGGCCCGGGACCGUAUAUUUCGUCCAAAUCCGCUGCAAUCCUGUCGGUAUCUAUGGUUCAAAGAAAGCCGGCAUUUGGAGUGAUUGGAGCAACCCAACGGCGGCCUCCACCCCUCGGAAUGGACGGACUCCAGGAGUUUGCGAACCCAAGAACGGAGAACAUAACAACACGCUACGCCGAGAGCUCAAGCAGUUCUUUGGAUGGAUGCGCAAACAUGGGACUUGUGCCAAUUUGAGCAUCAAAAUGUACGAUCAGUGGCGGGUGGCACUGCAGAAGUCCCACAAAACACGCAACCAGGUCCUGUCCAGUGACAAAUUGUAGCUUUGAUGGAUGGUGGGACCAGGACUUCCGCUUAAGCGCCAUUCCGGUUGCUGGGUUCAAGCUUGCCAAGAAUACACCCAAAGGAACUCAAGAGCAGCCAUAAUCCAGGUGCCCUGAGCGGCAUUGCCAAGGCGGUUUCACCACCACUAACGCCCUUCCUAUAAACUAGCUAGACGCUGGGCAGAAGUCAGCACCUCUUCUUCCCCCAGAGUAACUCUAAACCAGCUUCUCGCAUACGAUGUUUUUCAGCUGAGUUGAACUGACGCGUUUUCUAAUUAGUAUAUAGAGGAGCUGCCCCUAGUUGAAGGACGCUUUGCCUUCUCGGAAGAGCUCUUCGCGCCAGCUUUCUUUUUUAACAGUGCCAAGAUAAAAGAAACGGGAAAUCUACCCAGGUUUUUCCCCUCUCGGCACACCCAUAAAGAGGUUUCGUUUGCUUCCGGAGAGUCGUUUUCGUCUCGUGCUCCUUCAUUAUGAAAUUGGAAUCAGCAGUCGAUCGAAAAGCAGAAGUGGCUAAACGGAACGAGCUGUUUAAUCAGGAAAAAAGAAACAGGCUUACAUUGAACCUCCUAAUUCUCCCAAAGGGAAGGACGGCAA